AUGAUUAGUGGAUUAUCAGUUCAUAAUCAAAUAAAUAAGAAACCAGAAAAAAAGGAACAAAAUGUUCAAGCAUUUGUUAGAGUGCGUCCAUUCUCGCAAUUAGAGAUUAAUCAGGGGUUAUCAGCAAUACCGGUUCAAGUAGCAGAGAGUGGAAAGGAAAUUUUAUGUGAUUUUAAAGGAACAACUAGACAAUAUAAAUUCGAUCAUGUUUUUGGUUUGGAUUCAAUUCAAAGCGAAGUUUUUAAUAUAGCAGUUAGACCAAUAUGUGAUGAAGUAUUACUGGGAUUUAAUGGAACAAUAUUUGUAUAUGGUCAAACAGGUACAGGUAAAACACAUACAAUGGAGGGUAGAAUGGAUUCACCAGAGCAAAAUGGUAUAAUCCCAAGAACUAUAGAUUAUAUUUUUCAAUGUCUCGAAAAAGCAGGUUCAGAUUAUAAUAUUAGAGCAAGUCAUUUGGAAAUUUAUAAAGAGGAAAUUUUCGAUUUAUUAGCUUGCAAUGGAGAUACAGUUGGUAAACCUUUGGGUUUAUUUGAUACACAAAAGGGUUUUAAAAUACCAGAUUUAGAAGAGAUUGUUGUAAAUGAUAGACAUACAAUUUUAGGUAUUUUAACAAAAUCAUGCAAGAGAAGACAAACAGCUGAAACACAAUAUAAUAAACAGUCUAGUAGAUCUCAUUGUAUUUUUAGUAUCACAGUACAUGUUAAAGAGACAACUAUGAAUGGUGAGGAUUUAAUAAAAAUUGGCAAAUUAAAUUUGGUAGAUUUGGCAGGUUCAGAAAAUGCAGAAAAAUCUGGUAACAAUGAUCGUCUAAGAGAAGCAGCAUUAAUCAAUAAAAGUUUAUUAACACUUGGAAAAGUUAUUACCGAUUUAUCAAAUAAUGAAAAGCAUAUACCUUAUCGUUCAUCACAGCUCACUAAAAUUCUUCAAGAUUCAUUAGGUGGUAAAACAAAGACAUCAAUUAUUGCUACAAUUUCCCCAUCGCUUUACAACUUGGAAGAAACAGUAAAUACUUUGGAGUAUGCAUUGAAGGCAAAGAGUAUUAAAAAUACACCACAAAUUAAUCAAAGAAUGUCAAAAAAUUCCCUUUUGAAAGAACAGUCAUCAGAAAUUGCUCGUUUGAAACAAUUGUUACAGGCUGCAUAUGAUAAAAAUGGUGUUUAUUUAACAAUAGAUAUGUACGAAUCAAUGAAAAAAGAAAUUGAAGAAAAAUCCGAUCAAAUAACAAGAUCAGAUUUCAAUAUACAGGCAGCACGUCACGAAAUUUCAUCAAUGAGAAAAACAUUUGAUGAACAAACCAUGCUUUUGGAGGAUGCUAUGAACCAAUUGGAUAGUACUAAGAGGCAAUACAAUGAAUCAAAAAGAAUUAUUGAGCAAAUGGCAUCUCAAGACUCAACUUUACGUGACCAUUUGGACGAUGCUGUAUCUGACCUUGGUAAGCUUCAUGAUAAGGUAGAUAAUAUGAAGUCAACAGAACAAGAGAAUUAUUUUAACAACAGCCAAUCUAAAGAGAUUCUUCAACAUCAUUUGGAGGAGCUGGACCAUUCAUUACAAGAGACACUACAAUUAACUCAAGGACAAUUUUUAGAAACACUUUCUCAGCAAUUAGUAGAGGCCCAAGAAUCCCAAUCAAAGUCUAAUCAAAUAUUACAUAAAAAAUUUUUAUCAAUCAUUCAACUUAUCGAUGGCUCGCAAUCACUUAUUCAAGAUCUCUCUAGUAAGUCAAGUGAUUCUGCCCAACCAUUGUUAAAAUUAAAUAAGGAUUGUAAUGAUGUAUUCACUAGGAUCGAUAAAUUGGUAACCAAUCUCCGUGAUAGUAUCAAAAUGUUGUUGCAUGAUUUCUCACCAAUUUCAUUUAGUACCGAUCACCAUCAAAAUAUAAUUGCAAAUUGUUUAAAACUCGUUAAUGAGCAUUCUAGUAAAUCUAAAGAUAUUACACAAUCACAGGGCGCAGCAAUCCAAAAAUUUUCAGAUUCAAUGUCAUGCUGGAUACAGAGUCAAAACCAAUUUGUAGAACAACAAAAGAAAUUCCAUCAAAUGUUUCAAGAUAAACUGGCCCAAAAUAAAUCUAUAAUGGAACAAAAGUUAAUUUCAAAGAUUUCACAAGUUGUUUCACAAUUUUCAAAUGGUUAUAUUGAUACAUUCCAAACAUUCCAGCAAACAAUGGUUGGUAAUUUUGACCAUCUUCAAAAACAAACAUUGGCAUUCAAUGAGGAUUCAAAGAAAGCAGUUAUGGAUUUAUCAUCAGGUGUUCUUACUAGUUCAUCUCUUUCAAAUAAUCUCUCACAAGAAAUCAAUAAUUGUCUUUCAAGUAAUAAAACAGAGCAGUUAAACGCAAAUCUUAAAGUAAUGGAGAAUAUUGAAGCCACCAAAAAGAAAAUUGAAACUAUCACAGAUAAUUGUGUUGAUCUUUGCGAUAAACAAAAGACCUAUUUCAAUCAAUUUAAUGACAAGUUUACAGAUUUUACAAGCGAGUUAUAUAAACAAAAGGACGUUUUGGGUAAAGUUAAGAAUCAAAAACAACAUGCAUCUGACAUUAUUCCACUAAUCGAAAAAUCAAAAGAUCAAUUUAAAAAUAAUAUGGAUGUUAUUAAUAAAUCAUUAGAGGUUAAUAAAUUAAAUAUUCAAAGAUCAACAAAUGAAUGUAGUAACCAUUUGAGGGCAUUAAUUUCAUCAAUUCCCGAAUUUUUCGACUCAAAAGUAACUGUUAAAACUGGACAAACACCAUUUAAAAAGCAAUUUGAUAUACCAUCACCAAUUUCAAUAUAUAAUAAUAAUAAAGAGAAUAACAAUCCAUUGUCAAAAAGUCAGGGUUAUAAUAGUUUGUUUUUUGAUGGAACUAAAAGUUUUGGAUCUUCAUUUUUAGGUAAUAGCACCAGUAACAGUAAUAAUACAAAUAAUACAAAUAGUAUAAAUAUUACACAUGGUAAUAGUAAUACUUCUUUACAAACACCAAAGAAAGAUCAAAAAAUAUUACCACAAACUCCAAAGAGUGUAAAAAAAACAGCAAUGGCCCCAGUAACACCCAAAAGUACACAAAAACAGGUUUUAUUUAAUACAAAUCAAAAUAGUGUUUCAAAAACAAAAAUUUCUCAAGAUCUCAAGCAACAACAAAAACAAGAUGAAAUAAAUCCACUUACACAAUCAAAAAAUGGAUUAAAGAAAUCAACAGUUUUAUCGACAACAUCUUCAUCCUCGUCGUCAUCAUCUACAUCGUCGUCAACCACAUCAUCCACAUCAUCAUCAUCAUCAUCAUCGUUAUCAUCAUCUAUUGCCCCUUCACCUUUUACUUCACCAAAAAUGUUAAAAAAUCAAUAUGCUCAAAUACAACAAUUACCAAAUCCUCAAAAUAAUAGUAAUACAUUCCUUACACCAAAUUCCAAUUUAUUAAAUUUAAAUACAACUAUAGGAGGUAACCCAACCAUUAACUUCAAUUUAUUAGAUGAUUCAGAGGAUGACUCAGAUACUGAUACUAGAAGAAAACCUAAAAUUCCAUUAUCUAAGGGUUUAAGAUCGAGAAAUACUAUAGCGUCAUCCAGUAAAAAAGUUGGAUUAACACCAAAUAGAAAAGCUGGCCCUAUUUUCUGCUAUUCCACAUCCGACAAAACCAUGAAAUAA